ACAAACAGUGGAUCUCAUCUCCGAACGCUGACAGGCCCCUGAUUUCUCUCUGAAACCUUCGUUAAGAUUCCAAACAAGGGCAUCCUUGUGGCAGAGAAUUAGACGUUGGCUAAAAUGGAGUCAGAAAGUAGCCCACUAACUGGCCUCCUCCUGACCUCCAUAUUUUCCGCUGUGCUGGGCUCCCUGCAGAUAGGAUAUCAUACAGGAAACAUCAAUGCUCCUGAAAGGGUCAUUAUAAAGGUCUUUAACUCCUCCUGGCAAUCUCAUUACAACACGUCAAUCUCAGAGACGAGACUCGCGUUUCUCUGGUCCCUCUCAGUCAGCGGAAAGGAUUUUGGGGCUGUUCUGGGGGCAGUCGGGGUCAAGUGGCUGGCCGACUCCUUUGGCCGGAGGAACUCCAUUCUGAUCGCCAACGCCUUGUCCAUAGCAGCCUCCCUGCUGAUGAGCAUUGCCCAGUUCUGCAUGUGGUUUGAAGCGCUCAUCUUGGGCCGGUUGAUUUUUGGGAUGUUUUGUGGCCUGGCCAUGAGUCUGAACCCGCUCUACAUCCAAGAAAUCUCCCCUACAGCUCUCCGCGGCGCAUUCUCCACCCUCAACCAAAUCUCCUUCACGACAGGAAUUCUCCUGGGAAUGGUGAUGAGCCUGAAUGUAGUGAUGGGAUCGGAGAGCUUGUGGGGGCUGAUGCUGCAGCUCUCCCUGGUCCCUGCCGCCAUGCAGUACUUCACCCUGGCCUUCUGUCCGGAAAGCCCACGGUACCUCCUCAUCAACCUGGGAGAGGAGGUGGAGGCAGAGACAGCUCUGCGCAGGUUACGAGGGAACUCUGGUGACAUCCGCGCUGAGAUGAUGGAGAUGAAGCAGGAGUCCUCCUUCAGCCCAAAGUGCAUCACGGUCAGAGAGUUUGUUCAGAAGCAGAGCUACCGGGAGCCCAUCAUGAUCCUGACUGUCAUCUGCCUCGGAGCGAAUUUCUCUGGCUUCAACGCGAUGAUCAAUUACUCAACGGAUGUAUUUUUAAGGGUGGGGUUUGAAGAGGCUGAGUAUCUGACUCUCGGGGUUGGAUCUGUCAAUGUGCUUUUCUCUAUUGUUUCGUUUUUCUUGGUGGAGACAGCGGGGCGCAGAAAGCUCUUACUUGUGGGGUUCCUGGCUUUAGGAGUGUGUAACCUCCUGAUGAGCAUCUCAAGUGCUCUUCUGAACAUUUUUCCUCAGAUGGCCCACCUGCAUGCUCUCCUGGUGUUUGGUCUAAUCGCAGCAUAUGAAUCUGGACCCGGUCCAAUCAGUUGGUUCAUCGGCGCCGAAUUGUUCAACCAGUCAGCACGACCUGUGGCCAUGUCUUUCAGCAGCAUUCUUAACUGGGGCUCCAAGUGUCUUUUGGCUUUCAUAUUUCCACCCCUAAUGGGCAUAGCUGGGCCUUACACCUACUUGGUCUUCAUGGUCUUUGCUCUCAUCGCCUUCUUCUUCACACUUGCUCGGGUCCCAGAGACUAGAGGAAGAGUCUUCAACGACAUCGCAGCUGAAUUCCAACAGACGGACAGCCUUCUGCUAACACCCAAGAAGCUGAAGAGCAGCCACCACUGAGGAGCUAGCAGGAAAGACAGAAAAACAGAUGCUGACGUUGUCUUUGCUCAGAUUACCCACAGUGCAGUUGGAUAACCAUGGUGCUUUAGUUUUGCGUCCUUGAAAAGAGAUUAUUUGAUUUCAGAACGCAGUACAUGAGCUGGAAUCCUAAAUAUUGUUAAACUAAAAAUGCUGCUAAUCAUUAUGAAAUAAGUAUUAGUAUAAGCCUACUCAUUGUGGUCUGGUGGCACAGUGGUUAGCAUGGAUGCCUUGCAGUGCUAGUGCCCCAGGUUUGAUUCUGGACCUGGGGUGUUAUCUGUGUGGAGUUUAUAUAUUAUAGAAUAAUAUAUUAUUACACAGGAGGCACAGCGAUUAGCAUUGCUGACUCGCGGCACUGGGGCUUUGGGUUCAAUUCAAUACGCAAGGUGCUAUCUGCAUGGAGUUUGUAUGUUUCUUCCCAUGUUCCCAUGUUCUUCCCAUGUUCAUGAGGGUUACCCCCAGUAAAGACAUACUGGUCUGUGUCUGCCAUGUGAUGGACUCACGUCCCGUCCGGGGUGUACCCUUCCUUGUGCCCAUUGCUUGCUGGGAAAUUGGGUGAAACAGUUAGAAAAAUGGAUGGAUGUUGCUAUUUGUUGUACAGCUUAAAAGUUUUUACUGUGGACUUUGAAGGCUGGGAAAGCUUCAGACAUGAUGUGAAGAAAAUUCAUCAAAAUAGAUCUGGGAACAAGAAACCUUUUAUAGAAAAUUAUGCUACCUUUUCCUAAGGGAACAAGGGCAAAAGACUCUGCUGAUGUACAGUAUGAUUUGUUGGUAAUAAGUAACAAUUCCAUUUUGUUUAGUUUUGAGUGAUAGUAAAUCUUGGAUCUGGUCCUUACUUCCUUCUUUAUUUUAAUUUCUUCAGGAAAGAGGUGUAUAAAAUCCAUCAAUGUAGACGUGAUAUCCACCCACACCAUGAUGUUUCUAUCUGAGCCACAAGGCUUAUUAUCAACUAUAUGCACACAUCGACGAUUACAGAUUCCAAACAAGGCUUGUGUACCUGUUGGUGUGCCUGCAGAGUGCUGGCAGUGCGUAGGUGCCACCCUUACAUGGGCCUUGGUGUGGUGGCUGAGGCUGUCCAGCUGGUUGUAAUGGCACCCGCCUUCAGGGCGACGAAGGGGUGUCUUCCCACCAUGCAUCUCCUGGGGCUCCUUGAUGUUGCCAGGUGGCUGGAGCUCUUGGUGCAGUGGGCGCAGCUGUGGGCGCACGUCUCUGCUGUGUGUUCUCAAGCAGACCAUCAUGCUGCAGGGGAGCAAGAAUUUCCUGCUGCCCGCUGUGCCCAUACUGUUGCUUCUUGAAGGGGCCCAGGUGGGGGAAAGUCUCCCCACACAAGGGGCAUCGAUGGGGCACCAGAUGGGAGGCAAACGCAUCAAAGAGCGAUCAGUGUGGUGGUAGACUAUGGCCAUAUAUGCAAGAAUCAAGGAAAGAUGAGCAACAGUAUGGGUUUGUUUUUUUGUGCAAAUUAUACUGAACAGUGUAAAUUUUAUAGCAGUGUAAAUUUUAUAUCUGUGCAAUAAAAUUAAAGUUAGA